AAAGGAAAACGUCAACAAGAUGAGGUGGUGUUUUUGAACAUUCAGCAGAGAGCGGCAGUCUGUGCACGGCGGUCCUGCUGCAGGAGGAACACCGGAACCUCGGUUUGAAGUCGGCAGCUUUUAAAACCCUGAAACAGUGCUUCUGAGAGGCAUGAAUGACUUUGCAGUUCUUAACACAGGGCGCAAGAUGCCCCUCCUUGGACUGGGAACAUGGAAGAGUGAGCCUGGAAAGGUGAAACAAGCAGUUAUUUGGGCGCUGGAAGCCGGGUAUCACCACAUUGACUGUGCAUCCAUCUAUGGUAACGAGGCUGAGAUCGGAGAAGCCUUACAGGAGAAGCUCGGACCCGACAGGUCCCUGAGAAGAGAGGAUGUGUUCGUUACAUCCAAGCUGUGGAACAACCAGCACCACCCGGACGACGUGGAGCCAGCCCUCCUGAAGACCCUGAAGGACCUGAAGCUGGAAUACCUGGACCUCUACCUCAUCCACUGGCCCUACGCCUUUCAACGGGGAGACGUUCCUUUCCCCAGAAAGGAGGAUGGAUCCUUGCUGUACGACGACACGGACUACAAGCUGACCUGGGCCGCCAUGGAGAAGCUGGUGGGGAAGGGGCUCGUCCGAGCCAUCGGCCUGUCCAACUUCAACAGCAGGCAGAUUGAUGACAUCCUGUCAGUCGCCAGCAUCAAACCAACGGUGCUUCAGGUCGAGUGCCACCCCUACCUGGCCCAGGUAGAGCUGCUGGCCCACUGUCGGGACCGGGGCCUCGUGAUGACGGCCUACAGUCCUCUGGGGUCCGCUGACCGAGCCUGGAAGCACCCGGACGAGCCCGUCCUGCUCGAGGAGCCCGUGAUCGCCUCCCUCGCAGAGAAAUAUAAAAAGUCCCCAGCUCAGAUCCUCCUGAGGUGGCAGACACAACGUGGAGUAGUUACAAUCCCCAAGAGUGUGACGCAGUCCCGCAUCAGAGAGAACAUUCAGGUGUUUGACUUUACCCUCGAAGCCGAAGAAAUUAAAAGUAUUACAUCACUGAACAGAGGCUGGCGCUACAUCGUACCAAUGGUCGAAGUUGGAGGAAAGCGUGUUCCCAGGGAUGCCGGACAUCCUUUCUACCCUUUCAAUGACCCAUAUUGACAAACCUCACUACAGCCUGAAUUUGUGCCUUCAACAACCCCAUCAACACCCCCCCAUCACCCCAUCACUGAUUGUUGUUACUGGGUCUGGCUGUUGCAGCUUGUCUUUAGAUUUUGGUAAAUUCUGCACUUCUCUUUAGAAUAAUUCAAGUUCCUGCUGGUGGUGGAGACUGCAAAAGCAAAUAUACCGACUGUAUGUGUUAAUUUUUUAAUAAACAUUUUAUUACUUCC